AUGGUUGAAAAUAACAAACAGAAAGGGGAUCAGAAUGUUAAGGCAAUAGGAAUGAACAAUGACAGUGGUUUAGUAGGUGAAGAUUAUGACUCUGAUAAGCUGCAAAGCCUUAGAGGCUCAUCUGAUGAGGAUGAAACAGGGGGUGAGAGGGUUAAGUAUCCACAUUUCAAUGCUAAGGCUGAUAUGGUCAUGGAACUUGAGAAGUGGGCAAAUAGUAACAGAGUGGUUGAUCUAUAUGUGGAACACAGUAAGGCUUGUAUAUUGAACCCUAGUCAAGCUGAGUCAACCUGUGGUAAUGGGGUAGCAUCUAAGAGUUCUUCUGAUAAGGAUAAAGGUGAGUCUUCUGGGUCUGAAUAUUUUUAUGAUAAUGAAUAUGAUACGGAGAAUUCCCAGUUGUAUGAGAAUGCAGUUGAUGAUGAUUCUAACUUUAAAGGGGAUCAGAAUGUUAAGGCAAUAGGAAUGAACAAUGACAGUGGUUUAGUAGGUGAAGAUUAUGACUCUGAUAAGCUGCAAAGCCUUAGAGGCUCAUCUGAUGAGGAUGAAACAGGGGGUGAGAGGGUUAAAGUUGAACAACAUGCUCAUAGAGCUAGUAAAGGGUGGAGGGUAUUGGAAAAUGAUCAACAGGUCAUGGAACUUGAGAAGUGGGCAAAUAGUAACAGAGUGGUUGAUCUAUAUGUGGAACACAGUAAGGCUUGUAUAUUGAACCCUAGUCAAGCUGAGUCAACCUGUGGUAAUGGGGUAGCAUCUAAGAGUUCUUCUGAUAAGGAUAAAGUUGACAGUGAAGAAUGCUCAUAG